GUGUGGCAGUUUGCUUUCUUGAAAUCCAUUUCAGGGUAUAUCCAUUUUGCCUUAGUUUUUCCAAUGCAGAUUGUUCUUUCAGUCAAAUGUUUCCAGAAUACAGUAAGUACAGGUGCUAAUGUUUUAAGUCCAAUCUGAAAUAUCAGCAUAAAUGAAUAGUUUUAAGUAUAAACAAUCUCUAAAGAUAACUGUUUGCUAACAGGUGCUCUGAAGAGGACAAUCAUGAUUUCAGGUGUACAUAUCUUAUUCUGGUCCAAUGUCCCAGUUGGUGGCCAUCCAUAAUUUAAAGUACAGUUAACUGUUGUGCCCAUCACAGGGGUUAUAAAACUUUUUUUUGCCACCUGUUUAUUGCUUAAUGGGUUCUACCGUGGGUUGGGUAGAAGGCUGAUGUGCUGCUGGGCUCUGACUGAUUUGAUCCUGACUGGUUGUAUGGGUAGCAGAGGGACCCCCCCAUCAAAGAUCCUUUUUGUAGCCAUUUUAUUUCACUCAGGGCAGUGAGAGCCUGUUCCAUAGUUUGUGUAGUCAGCAGAACUUAAUUGCUUGGGUUUUCUCACCACUGCUUCCCUUGGGAUUUUCAAACCUAUUAAAAGACAGCGGUUUGAGAAUGGUAAAAUGCACCCUAGUUUGUUUCCACGUGUCUAAUCCUGUUAUUCCCAUAUGAGUUAGUAGGUCUGUCUCCCUCUUGUCAUAGUGAGGAACAUGAGGAGUGGUUGAAACCGCUGCUUUUGAAGGUGUCACUGCAGUGUCACCAAGGAGGAACGGACUGACAUGGUUUUGUGCUGCUGGUCACCAGGUCUCUGUGGAUUUGUGCAACUCCUGCUCCUUUGGGCUUUGGUUCUGGAGUACAGAGAGUUGACUGAGGGACUGAAUGCUGUAGAGUCAAGAGUUUGUGCUGAUACCAGAGUGUAUCUUUUAGUGAGAGACAUGAAAAUUUGAUUUAAUGACUCUGUGCUAGUAGACUUGCUACUUCCCAUGGUUAACAGAACCUUCUGGAUAUUUAACAGAUGGACCUAUAAAUUAUAAAUAUAAAACUAAAUGUACAUGGUUAAUUGAAGGAUACCCAAAUGCGAUACUAAGAUUAAGAUUUAAUCACUUUGCCACAGAAUGUAGUUGGGACCAUAUGUAUGUAUAUGAUGGAGAUUCAAUAUAUGCACCUUUAAUAGCUGUAUUUAGUGGUCUAAUAGUCCCUGAAGUGCGUGGAAAUGAAACUGUUCCUGAAGUAGUUACUACAUCUGGCUAUGCAUUGCUCCACUUUUUUAGUGAUGCUGCUUAUAACCUAACAGGGUUUAACAUUUUUUAUUCAAUUAAUUCUUGCCCUAAUAACUGCUCCGAGCAUGGGAAGUGCACAACCAGUGUGUCUGCCCCGAGCCGGGUGUACUGUGAGUGUGACAAGUAUUGGAAAGGAGAAGCCUGUGACAUUCCAUACUGUAAAGCCAACUGUGGCAGCCCAGACCAUGGGUACUGUGAUUUGACAGGGGAGAAGCUGUGUGUUUGCAAUGACAGCUGGCAAGGUCCAGAUUGUUCUCUGAACGUCCCUUCCACGGAGUCUUACUGGAUCCUCCCAAACGUGAAGCCCUUCAGCCCUUCCGUGGGCCGCGCUUCCCACAAGGCCGUCCUGCACGGGAAGUUCAUGUGGGUCAUUGGUGGCUACACUUUUAACUACAGUUCCUUCCAAAUGGUGUUGAACUACAAUUUGGAAAGCAGUAUAUGGAAUGUAGUACCUGUAUCCAAAGGGCCACUCCAGAGAUAUGGGCACACCCUUGCUUUGUAUCAGGAAGACAUCUACAUGUAUGGAGGCAAAAUUGAAACAAGUAACGGCAACGUUACAGAUGAACUGUGGAUUUUCAACAUACACAGCCAAACGUGGAGCUCCAGAACUCCUGCAGUGCUUGUACAUGGCCAGCAAUAUGCUGUGGAAGGUCAUUCAGCACACAUAGUGGAGCUGGACAGCAGAGAUGUGGUUAUGAUUAUAAUUUUUGGAUAUUCUUCCAUAUAUGGUUACACGAGCAUUGUGCAAGAAUACUACAUCAGGUCUAAUUCCUGGCUUGUACCAGAAACAAAAGGAGCAAUUGUGCAAGGUGGUUAUGGCCAUACAAGUGUCUAUGAUGAACUGACUAAAUCUAUUUAUGUCCAUGGUGGAUACAAAGCCCUACCUGGCAACAAAUACGGAUUGGUGGAUGACCUUUACAGAUACGAAGUUAAUACGCGGACAUGGACUAUUUUGAAAGAGAGUGGUUUUGCAAGAUACCUUCAUUCAGCUGUCUUAAUCAAUGGAGCUAUGCUCAUUUUCGGUGGAAACACUCAUAAUGAUACUUCCCUGAGCAAUGGUGCAAAGUGUUUUUCAGCUGACUUCCUUGCAUAUGAUAUAGCUUGUGAUGAAUGGAAGAUUUUACCAAAACCUAAUCUGCAUCGAGAUGUCAACAGAUUUGGUCACACUGCUGUUGUCAGUAAUGGGUCCAUGUAUAUAUUUGGGGGUUUUUCAAGUGUUCUGUUGAAUGACAUCCUCGUGUACAAACCUCCAAACUGUGAAGCAUUCAGAGACGAAGAGCUGUGUAAAAAUGCUCGUCCAGGAAUAAGGUGCCUGUGGAACAAGAAACACUGUGAAUCUUGGGAAUCUGGACAUGCUAAUAACAUCCUUAGAGCAAAAUGUCCUAAGAAAACAGCUGCUGCAGACGACAGAUGUUACCGCUACGCGGACUGCGCGAGCUGCACGGCCAACACCAACGGCUGCCAGUGGUGUGAUGAUAAGAAGUGCAUUUCAGCAAACAGUAACUGUAGCAUGUCGGUUAAAAACUACACCAAAUGUCACGUGAGGAAUGAACAGAUCUGCAACAAACUGACCAGCUGCAAGAGCUGCUCCCUGCACCUGAACUGCCAGUGGGACCAGAGGCAGCAGGAGUGCCAGGCACUACCUGCUCAUCUGUGUGGAGAGAGAUGGAGCCAUAUUGGAGAUGCCUGCCUGCACAUAAAUUCUAGCCGGGAAAGCUACGACAAUGCUAAGCUGUAUUGCUACAAUUUAAGUGGAAAUCUUGCCUCAUUAACAACCUCGAAAGAAGUGGAGUUUGUUCUGGAUGAAAUACAGAAGUAUACACUUCAGAAAAUUUCACCUUGGGUAGGUUUACGCAAGAUCAACAUCUCCUACUGGGGCUGGGAUGACAUGUCUCCUUUCACAAACACAACCCUGCAGUGGCUGCCUGGAGAGCCCAAUGACUCCGGCUUCUGUGCCUACCUGGAGAGAGCAGAGGUGGCAGGGCUGAAAGCAAAUCCCUGCACUGCAAUGGCAGAUGGCCUGGUGUGUGAAAAACCUGUUGUCAGUCCCAACCAGAAUGCCAGACCCUGCAAAAAGCCGUGCUCCCUGCGAACAACGUGCUCCAACUGCACCAGCAAUGGCAUGGAAUGCAUGUGGUGCAGCAGCACCAAGAGGUGUGUUGACUCAAACGCCUACAUCAUCUCCUUCCCCUAUGGACAGUGCCUAGAAUGGCAAACUGCCACCUGCUCCCCUCAAAACUGCUCUGGACUGAGGACCUGUGGACAGUGUUUGGAACAGCCGGGCUGUGGAUGGUGCAACGAUCCCAGUAACACCGGCAAAGGACAAUGUUUGGAAGGAUCAUCCCGAGGUCCAAUGAAACCUGUUGGUGGGCACUCCAAUGAAAUGGUGCUUGAUGCUGCUCUUUGCCCAAAAGAGAAGAAUUAUGAGUGGUCUUUUAUCCAAUGUCCAGCUUGCCAGUGUAAUGGCCACAGCACCUGCGUCAACAGCAAUGUCUGCGAUCAGUGCAAAAACCUCACAACAGGGAAGCAGUGCGAGACCUGCAUGCCAGGGUAUUAUGGGGAUCCCACCAACGGAGGCCAGUGUACAGCUUGCACGUGCAGUGGACAUGCAAAUAUAUGUCACAUGCAAACAGGAAAAUGCUUCUGCACAACUAAGGGAAUCAAAGGAGAUCAGUGUCAACUCUGUGACUCUGAAAAUAGGUAUCUUGGAAAUCCACUUCGGGGAACAUGCUACUACAGCCUUUUGAUUGACUACCAGUUUACCUUCAGCUUAUUACAAGAGGAUGAUCGCCAUCACACUGCCAUAAACUUUAUAGCAAAUCCAGAACAGUCAAAUAAAAAUUUGGACAUAUCAAUUAAUGCAUCAAACAACUUCAACCUCAAUAUUACAUGGUCUAUUGGUUCUACAGCUGGAACGAUAUCUGGAGAAGAGAUUCCUGUUGUUUCCAAGGCUAAUAUUAAGGAAUACAGAGACAGCUUUUCCUGUGAAAAAUUUAACUUUCGAAGCAACCCCAACAUCACCUUCUAUGUCUAUGUCAGCAACUUCUCCUGGCCAAUCAAAAUACAGAUUGCCUUCUCACAGCACAAUACUAUCAUGGAUCUGGUGCAGUUCUUUGUCACCUUCUUCAGUUGUUUCUUAUCCUUACUGCUGGUAGCUGCUGUCGUUUGGAAAAUCAAACAAACCUGUUGGGCUUCUCGACGAAGAGAGCAACUUAUGCGGGAGCGACAGCAGAUGGCCAGCCGCCCCUUUGCUUCUGUCGAUGUAGCACUGGAAGUAGGAGCUGAGCAAACAGACUUUCUACGAGGGCCAUUAGAGGGUGCUCCUAAACCGAUUGCCAUUGAGCCGUGUUCAGGAAACAGAGCUGCAGUCCUGACGGUGUUUUUGUGUCUUCCCAGAGGACCAUCAGGAGUCCCCCCACCUGGUCAAUCAGGUCUUGCAAUUGCAAGUGCACUGAUAGACAUUUCACAACAGAAGCCUGCGGACUGUAAAGAUAAGAGUUCAGGAGUCAGAAAUCGAAAACAUCACCUUUCAACACGUCAAGGAACUUGUGUCUGAGAUUCAAAAACUACAGUUGUAUAUUCUGUAAUGUUUUCUUUUUAAAUGGCUUCCAUUGAAAGCUCUAUUACAGCCUCAGUUUUUUAUGGAGGCAAAUCUAUGAAUGAACAUACGAGGUACUGUGCUCUGUUAUAGUCACACAGCCUGCUAUACCCCAAAGCAGAACAAACUUGUGGUAGGUAUGAGUAUGUUUGAUGAGCUUUAAUAAAAAGAGUGGAUCCUGGUAUCAACAAAAUACUAAAUAAAAUACCUAAUAGUCUUAAUCCUGAACAUAUCAGAGCAGGGAAAAUCCUUGAAUAGAACUACGAAAAACUUUACAUUGUUUUUUGUAAUGUAGAAGCAAAUUGUAUAAUCGAAAUCUGAGCAAAUUCCAGAAAACUAAAGGCAAUUUUUGUAUAGCUUAAUGUAACAAUGAAAAUUGUACAGUUCUUUCCUAGUAAUCAGCAUGAAAAUUUCUUUCCAGCAAGCAGGAACUAAAAAGGAUCAUUUGAAUAUAUGUGUUAUCAUUGCCUGAAAAAGGUAGGCAGCUUUUGAACUUAGCAUAGGUGUAACCCAAGAACACCACAUGUUAAUAUUUGAAAGAUAAUUCCAUUAAAAAAGAAUAAUUUGAGCAUUUCAUGAUUAUUUUUCUUUACAUUGAAAACACCUCAUAUACAUAAUCUGUGCCACAGCAGAGCGAUGGGGGGCUUUCAUGUCUCUGUACCUUAGACUUUGUCCUGAAUCCAGAAUGGUAUAUUUUACAAAGAGGGUCCUCCAUGCCAGCUAACUGAUUAGUAAAAUUAAUUGAGCAUGGAAAAGCUUUUUCUGCAGUAAAAUUUCCUUUUUUUUUUUUUUUCACCAGACAGUCUCCAAGAUUGCAAAUCUAAGGAGAGUUGAACUUGCUCUUUUUCAAUCUGCUUCCAUUUCAAUAUUGAAAUUUGCUGGUAUCUACUUAUUGUCCUGACCUCUAAGCGGAAGAAAGGAAUCCCUAUCAGCACUUUUGACCUCUGUUUUUAUAAUAUAGCAUGGAUUUUUUUUUCCCCUCCAGAUGCAGAAUUUCAUCGCCUUCUCACUUUCAUACCCAUUCCAUAAAUUAAUUUAAUAAAUAAAUAUUUAGAAAUC